CUUGAAAGAAAGAUAGCGGGUAAAAAUUGGAAAUUAUCUAAUAUUAUCUCUACCGUAAAUCGUACUUUGGCACAAUUACAAGGUGAUGGACAAGCACGAAUUGUAGGACAUUUAUUACCUACGGCACCAGCUGGACUUAAUGCACAACUUGUGGCGGCCGAUGCUGGUGCUGGUGCUUUAGUGAUUCACAGACAUAUAGUUUUCAAUGAAGAUUGGACGCCAGCAGGAGGUAAGCCAACAUCUAAAGUUAUGUGUACACCAAAUGCAAAUUUGCCAAAUAGAACAGUUGUAUUAGCCGACAUCACUCUUGGGCAAUUAAUUGAUUACUUUAAAGGAAAUUAUCCCACAGUUAGGCAACAGUAUCAACAAGCAUUAUUUGGUAUAACAGUGCAAGGAAGCGAUUCUGUAGGUUCUUAUUAUACCAAACUCAAGAAGAUUGCAAGACAUGCUAAUAUGGGAGAUGAUGAAUUCCGCCGUAGAUUUCUUGGGGGACUUUCUCCAGAUAAUCAAAUGGAAAAGAGAUUGAGAGAUAUAAAGCUGAAUUAG